AUGGCAACGUUGCGGCGGACGUGCAAUCCCGAUGUGCGCACUCGCUACAAUGCUUUGUCUGCGGCGCUUCGCGACCUGCCGGAUCUCCCGGCAUUGCAAAUAUGUUAUCUCGCCAUUGCUGCGGUCGCACCUGAAGCAGGCGAUCUUUUGCUGAAGCGCGUGACAGACCGGGAAGAAUUGCAGAGAGUGGCGCAGAGCACACCUGCCGAGCGAGGUUGGGUCUUCACGCAAUUGGCCCUCUUGCGCAUGUCCUUUCGUCCUAAUGAUGCUGAUCCUGCCCCGCCUGCAGCAUUGAAGGGACAUCAAGGGCUUCUGCUGGAGGCGUUUGCAGCCGUGACACGACUCUUGGAGGCCCUGGAAGUCACGGUGCCGCUGCCGUGGCCGCGCAAUCCGGAUGUGGGCACUCUCUGCGACGCUUUGUCUCUGGCGCUUCGCGACCUGCCGGAUCUCCCGGCAUUGCAAAUAUGUAAUCUCGCCAUUGCUGCGGUCGCACCUGAAGCAGGAGAUCUUCUGCUGAAGCGCGUGACAGACCCAGAAGAAUUGCGGAGAGUGGUGGAGAGCACACCUGCCGAUCGAGGUUGGGUCUUCACGCAAUUGAACCUCUUGCGCAUGUCCUUUCGUCCUAAUGAUGCUGAUCCUGCACCGCCUGCAGCAUUGAAGGGCCAUCAAGGGCUUCUGCUGGAGGCGUUUGCAGCUGUGACACGGCUCUUGGAGGCCCUCGAUGUCACGGUGCCGCAGCGCGAGAUUAUCGAAUUGCGUGACCCAUCAGAUGAGGAACAACAGUCCGCGAGACUACGCUUAAUUCGGCGGUUGCCGGACAUCCAGGCACGGCGGGAGCGGUCGACGCUGUCUUGCGAAAGCCGCAUUCCGCCAGUGGAGUUCUGUUUCACGUUCGACGAUCGAUCGCAUCACAGUCGUGUAGAAGGUCGAGACAUGUGGCAUGCGAUAAACCCGGACAUCCAGGCACGGCGGGAGCGGUCGACGCUGUCUUGCGAAAGCUGCAUUCCGCCAGUGGAGUUCUGUUUCACGUUCGACGAUCGAUCGCAUCACAGUCGUGUAGAAGGUCGAGACAUGUGGCAUGCGAUAAAACCGGACAUCCAGGCACGGCGGGAGUGGUCGACGCUGUCUUGCGAAAGCUGCAGUCCGCCAGUGGAGUUCUGUUUCACGUUCGACGAUCGUGCAGGAUAUGCAUGGCAUUUGACCGGCUGUUGUGUGGGGCUCGAGGAGUGUCCUGGACUCUGGAGGGGUGCAGGCGUUGCCAUGCUCGUGCCUGCAUGCUGUCCUCCGCAUCGAAGACGUCGGACUCUUCGAAUGAUGCGCUCUCGCAGACCUCAAUAUCCGAGAGUUGAUAAACUGCAUCCAAGCAUUCUUAAGAGCUACCGGGAAGACAGCUGCUGGACGGACUGGGAAAUAAAUGAAAUGCUUCGGCCUGCCUCGGACUCGGAGAUUAUCUUUCGGGUGCGAACAGGUCUUCAGCACGUGAAUAAUCCAGAGCUUCGGCGACGGCUAAACUUGGAUGCCGUGGAGUGGGAAGCUUUCAACGAUGCUGUUCGCGUUCAGAGAACCCUGGGUUUGAGCAAGGACUCCGCGGAUCAUUGGUACUGCUGUUCUUGGAAGGCUACACACACGCCGGAGGACGAGAUGGUCCUUGCCAACCUUCUCUCGAACGGAACUGUACGACGACUCGUGAGCAGAGGCUUUCUUUAUGUCCAGAAUCCAAGCGAACGCGAAAGGCUGGAAUUGGAUGAGGUGGAAGAUCUUGCACGGCAACGCGCCAAGCGCGUGCUCCACAAGUGGGGUCAUUUGCCAUGGACUCGUGAUUAA